UUUAAAAGCAGACUACUGGCUUUAUCAGAGCAUGGGCAGAAGUGACCUAACACUGCAAACAAAAUGCUGCUUCUAGCUUCAGCUUUUUUUUUAACACUACUGCAGUGCUCUAAUGCCCAAAACAAAACAACCAUCACUCCUGCACACUGCAAUACCACUGAAAAAGAUGCAGGAGUGGCCCUGGAUUUGGUCAACAGGCAUCGCAGAGAUGGCUAUGUUUUUGGUUUAUUCCGUGUUGCUGAUGCACAUAAACUGCAUACAGGAAAUUCAACAGUCCUCUACUUAACUUUGGAUGUGCUAGAAACCGAAUGUCCUGUAUUAUCCAGAAGACACUGGGAGUCUUGUGAAUACAGUGACACCUAUUCCAUGGACUUUGGGCAAUGUAAGAUUAUCACAUAUACAAGCCAGCUGCUGAAGAAACCUCAGCUAUAUGGAUUUAAUUGUACAUUAAGUCCAGUCCCUCCUGAUCUGUUAGAGUGCAAAGAUUGUCCUGUGAAAGUUGAAGUCUUAGAAGUCACUGAGCAACAUAAAAAUAUUGCUGCAAAGGCCCUGGAGAAAUUCAACAGUGAGGGUAACCACACAAACUACUUCAACGUGGACAAAGUUGAAAAGGCUUUAAAGAUGACUGCCUCCCGUGAAGGUCACAUUUUAGGAUUCUCUAUAAAAGAGACCAACUGUUCCAAAUCAGCAGAACAAGAAGAUCAGGCACUGGAAUGUGACUUUCUGGAUGACUGGCAUGCUCACGUGGGAUUCUGCAAGGCAAGAAUUAUUAGUGAUCCAGAUGAACCUGAUGGAACUGAUAUAAGCUGUGAAAUCUACCACCCCUGGCAUGGCUGUGGAAAAAGAUGCAGAUAUUCAAAUCUGGAACAGCUACAUAGACAUCCUCAUCAUCAUUGUGGUUACAAACAUCGUCACAGACAUCAUCCCAAGCAUCAUCCCAAGCACAGGUGUCCAUUCUCUUCUCAAUCCAAAUCUGAAGACCCUGAGCAUAACCAUAGUAUCAAUGGAGAACAUCCAGACAGCCAUGAAGAACCUGUUCCUCCCCACCACGGUGGACCACAUUACCAUCUUCACCCUCUACACCAUUGUCCUCCACCUCCUCCUGACUGUGGGCCGCAUCACCACCACCCUCCUCCCAAGGAGGAACCACAACAUCCCCCUUCUGCUCCUCCUCACAGAGGAUCACACCACAACCUUCACCUUCCACACCAUUGUCCUCCACCUCCUCCCCACUGUGGGCCACAUCACCAUCAUCCUCCUCCACUUCCUCAUGAACCAUCUCACCAUCCUCCUCUUCCGCAUGAUGAACCAGAUCAUCUUCCUCCUUCACAAGAGGAAACACAACACCCCCCUUCUGCUUCUCCUCCCCAUGAAGAGCCAUAUAAUCCUCCUCCUGGUCCCCAUCAUGGACCACACUGUCCUCCUCCUCAUGGACCACAUCACCACCAUCCUCCUCCCCAUCACGGACCACACUGUCCUCCUCCUCAUGGACCACAUCACCACCAUCCUCCUCCCCAUCAUGGACCACACUGUCCUCCUCCUCAUGGACCACAUCACCACCAUCCUCCUCCCCAUCACGGGCCACACUGUCCUCCUCCUCAUGGACCACAUUACCACCAUCCUCCUCCCCAUCACGGGCCACACUGUCCUCCUCCUCAUGGACCACAUCACCACCAUCCUCCUCCCCAUCAUGGGCCACACUGUCCUCCUCCUCAUGGACCACAUCACCACCAUCCUCCUCCCCACCAUGGACCACACUGUCCUCCUCCUCACGGACCACAUCACCACCAUCCUCCUCCCCAUCAUGGACCAUAUCACCCUCCUUAUCACUGCAACGAGACAAGCAUAUUAGGAAAGUACUUCCCAUUCCAAGUAACAGGAGCUGUCUAUCGCAUUCCAGUUCUAAAUCAGCAGGAAUCUCUCACACCUCCCACUCUAAACUUUCAUGAGCUAUCCCAAAGCGGCCCUCACUCCUCCAGCACUGGUGAAGGUAUUCCCAUCUCUGGCUCAAGUCUAGAGGAGGUGCCAGAAGCUCUGGAUUUUCCAGAUCACUCUGUACAAUCCAAGUCAUGCCCAGGAAACCCCAAACUUGUUCUUACAAAAAUUUUGCCUUUAUUUCCACAUAGCUCCAUGGCAGAAAAUUCUCCUACAUGACCUCAGACAGUGGUGCAAUGAAUGAAAACAACACAUAGAAAAGGGGAAACACAUACAAUUUCUAGGGAGAGGAAGCACUGAUAAAUAAUGAUUAAGAUAAGUAUUUCAACCUGCCUCUUGAUCCCAGCUAUCUCAGACUCCACUGUAACUAAACGACUCAAAAUUCCACGUCCUUCAGAUAACGUGAAUGCAUACAAAUCUCCCCAGCAAACAAUGUUCCCUUAGUUCUAACAAAAAGGAAAAAUCCCUAAUAGUGAAAACUGUAAUCUAAAAUCUUCCAUUUUCUCAUCAUUCAUAGUUAAUAACGUACUUCUCUGAGGAAAUCUGACCUAAAGGAAAUUGGACCACUUUCCAUUAGAAAAGAUCCAUGGCAAUACAUUCAUGCCUUUUAAAGAUUCAAAGAAAAUAAAAAUA